CACUGCUGCCCAGCGAGAUUAGGGAGGAGGGACCGAGGGAAGGCGAGCGCUCGCAGCAGAGGGGCGCGGGCCGGGGCUCUAGCAGGAGCCGAGGCCGCGGCUGGAGUAGGAAAGUGGGAUCAGUACUCGCCAAAAGCCAGAGUGCAAAACCUACGAGUAGGUCGCGUCUGGUGAGCGCCACCUGCAGCGCAGAGCCUGGGACGUCCCGGGCGGGGAGAGUAGUCCCCGUUCCGGCCGGGAGCGAUCUGUCUGGGCAGCCAGGGACCCAGGCCUCCGCCAUCCGUGAGAAAGCAGCCGCCGGGAGAGCAGGUGACUCAGGCAUCCUAGAUCCGUAAGAAACCAGCCGUCCGAGAAGCCGCGAUCUCAGGCGCCCAGGAUUGUUAGGACUGAACGGGAGGGUAAUAGAGGACCUGGGGCUCUGAACCGUCGGGAGCUGCCUCUGGCCCAACCUACGGGGGGACCUCGCCGUGACGGACGGUUUGGGUAACAGCACCACUGCGGCUGUAGCCCGCAGGGGCGUGGGUGGGGGGGCCGGGCGCAGCCGUCGGGGGGGGGUCCAGGCCCAGGCCCGACCCAGGCCCGGCCCAAGCUUCCGGGGCCCGCGGAGAGUCCCCGGCCUUCGCCGCCAUUGCGCCCAAGAGUGAGGAGGAUCUGCUGGCCCUGGCCGCGUCACGGCUGAACCGCCGCAAGCGGGUAGCUGGCGCGGCCGUCGGAGUGGCCAUGGUGCUGCUGCUGCUGGUGGCCAUCCCGCUGCUGGUGCACAGCUCCCGCGAGCCCGCGCACUACGAGAUGCUGGGUCGCUGUCGUAUGGUGUGCGACCCGCACGGGCCCAGAGGCCCAGGCCCCGACGGCGCGCCCUCCUCUGUGCCCCCCUUCCCGCCCGGCGCCAAAGGAGAGGUGGGGCGGCGCGGGAAGGCAGGCCUGCGGGGACCCCCAGGACCGCCAGGUCCCAGAGGGCCCCCAGGAGAGCCCGGCAGGCCAGGGCCCCCGGGCCCUCCGGGUCCGGGCCCCGGCGGGGUGGCGCCUCCUGCCGGCUAUGUGCCUCGCAUUGCCUUCUACGCCGGCCUGCGGCGGCCUCACGAAGGUUACGAAGUGCUUCGCUUUGACGACGUGGUGACCAACGUGGGCAAUGCUUACGAGGCGGCCAGCGGCAAGUUCACCUGCCCCAUGCCGGGCGUCUACUUCUUCGCUUAUCACGUGCUCAUGCGUGGCGGCGAUGGCACCAGUAUGUGGGCUGAUCUGAUGAAAAACGGACAGGUUCGGGCCAGCGCCAUUGCCCAGGACGCGGACCAGAACUACGACUACGCCAGCAACAGCGUCAUUCUGCACCUGGAUGUAGGCGACGAGGUCUUCAUCAAGCUGGAUGGUGGGAAGGUGCACGGCGGCAACACCAACAAGUACAGCACCUUCUCUGGCUUCAUCAUCUACCCGGACUGAGCCCGGCUCCCCAAACCCCCGCCCCGCCCCGCCCCUCCGCCCCGUGCCCCUAGCUGGCCCCUCCGCUCCCCACCCCACCCCCCUCCAGCAGGCCCAGCCCAAGGCGCCACCCCGUCCAUUGAGAGCCCGGAAGUCCGCGGGCAGGCCCUCGGGCUCCGGAAGGC